GAUCGGCUGAGUUAAUAAUAGCCAGAAGCUGGGGCUGUCAGUCAAUGAAGCCCGCCGCUCCCCCUUUAAAUCUCUCAAACCUUUCCCGGUUCUGUCUUAGGUCAGCGCCUUCGCCGUUUCCACCAGCCAGGAUCCAGUUUCCCACAAAGCUGCCGGAACCUGGGGUCCUCUCCAACCCUUGGCAGAAAUUAAAGAUCGCGACGGAAGACGUUUCAACCAAACCCAUUCCUAUUGUCUCCGUGCUUAGUUUUUUGAGAGCAUACUUCUGUAGCGACUGUCAUCAUUACUUCCUGGCUUCGGCGAUGGUCCUGGAUGCAGCAGCUCCACCUUUGGCCAGACCUCAGAGCAGCAAGAGUACCAGCACUGGAAAACCACUGAAGAAAGAGGCUGAGAGGAAGAGCAGUGAGAGGAACGGGAUUCGGCCACAGGGCAACAUCUCGGCCGUGCAGCAGGAAGCGCCUUUGAGGACUAUAUCACAGACCUCAGCCAAACUGAGUUGUGAGCUGGUCAACAGGUCAUCAGCACCGGGGACAAGCCUUGUUAGUAACGGACAGUGCAGCUGGAUGAGACGGAGCGAAAGCUCAUUCAAUGUGAACAGUGCUGGCUCCAGUCGCUCCCGAGCCAGGAUAAGGAAUGCCACGUCCCUCCCUCAUAUAGCCCGGCAUAUCCCACAGGAACCGCCUCCAGCUAAAAGUCCGUGCCUCUUGGUGGCGCUGAGACCGAUGAACGUUGACAAGGAGAAGGAGACAUUUUUCAAAUCCAACUACACCUAUAACCCUCAGUUUGAGUACUCAGAGCCUCUCAGCAGUAGCAUCACGAGCAAGUACAGCAUGGCCUCUGAUCGCUUCAUCGAACAGGCUGUACGAAUCAUGCAGAGCGUUGUCAAGAUGUAUGGCAGCUAUGAGAAUUUUGAAGAGGCUACAGGGGGUGCUAUGCUAUCAAAGAGCAAAAUAUGGACCUGCAUCAGGAGCUACAUGCGUAAAGAAGGUUGCUCUGGAGAGGUGGUGGUGCGAUUGAGCGAUGACCUGCUGUCUCAAGCGGUGAUGAUGGUAGAGAACUGUCGGCCCACGCUCACCAUCAACCUGGCGGGGGCUCGCCAGCACUGGCUGGAGGGAAUGCUGCGGCAUGAGAUAGGCACGCACUACAUUCGAGGAGUCAACAACAGCCACCAGCCCUGGCACAGUGCAGCAGGUAGGAAGCAGUAUGGUCUGAAGCCAGCUAACCCGACAGAAGAAGGUCUGGCCAGCUUGAACAGCGUCCUGUACCGCAAGUACCCGUUCCUGUGGCGGGCCGCUCUACUCUACUAUACUGUCUUCCAGGCCAGUCAAAUGUCCUUCAGCCAGCUUUUUGAAGACAUUGCUAAGUUUGUCAGGGACCCAAACACUCGAUGGGAGUACUGCGUACGAGCCAAGAGAGGGCAGACUGAUACUUCUAAAACAGGCUGUUUUAGUAAGGACCAAGUGUACUUAGAUGGAGUAUUAAUGUUGCUUCGAUACCGGAAGACCAUUGACUUCAAGAUGCUGGCAGCACUGGGAAAGGUUUCAUUUGAGGAUGUGGAACACCUGAAGAAAUGUGCCAUCCUGCAGAACACACGGAUCCCACACUUCAUGCGUGAUCAGGCACGCUACCUGGAGCAGUUACACCACAUUACUGCAGUCAAUGGCCUGACGGACGAGGAGCUGCUAAGGCUAAUCCCCAAGUAGACCGUGCCGAUAGUGGAGGUGUCAGGGAUGGAAGGGGGAUCCUCACAAGUCCCAGCCAGCUUCAUUUUUAAAUGCACUGUCACAGCAACAUCCAUGUGCACCUGUGCAUGCACAAACACACAUACACACACAGAGCUGCACACAUGCAUAUAAACAGACACAUGCAUGUAUACAUCCACUGCACACAAAUACACACACUUACAUAUAGAUGUGCAUACACCCACAUACAAACAAGAAUGCAGAUACACAUAAAUGUACAUAUAUAGACACACACAUACUCACUUUCAUAAACAGACACACACACCUUACACAUGUGCACAUAUACACACAUAGUUACAUGCACACGUACAUAAACACACACAUAGACCACCAACACAAAGGCACAGAGGCCUUAGUUAUUUUUGUUGUGGUACAUCUGGGCAUCCAUGAAGAUUUGUAUGGGAAAAAAUUGGGGAUUUGUAACCACUGAAGCCAAAGCCUGGAGCUGUAGCUUCACCCCAUGACUUAAGUCCUUUGUGCUAUGUUUUUCCUAUUUAAAAGUAUUUAUUGUUUGCAAAAGUGAUGCUUUUUAAAGAAAAUUAUUUUAACUACUUGCUGGAGCGUGGAAACAAUAGAAAAAAUGCGGGAAAAGAUCAUCCAGUCACAUCAGCAUCAAUGUUGUCAAAUAUUCUGUUUAUCUGUGAUUAGGUCUGUUUAACGCACACAAAACAUUCCUCAGUCCAGACCCAAGGAUGUCAAUGGUUGAGUUUUCCCUUUCUGCCAGAGACAUUGCCCCUUUAAACCAAUCCCCAUUUGUGCUUUGAAAGCAUGAAAGACUUCAAUAAGAAUUAAAAAAACAGAAACUAGAAAAUAGUGAAUAACAUCUGAGAGGUCAAUCAGUACUUGUAGAAAGAGAAACAAAUUUCUGUAGUAAAUACAGCAUUGGGGGAAAAGAAGGUUGAGAGCUAAAGAGGAGGAGGAGUCUGUGGCAUUUCAGUGGCAGGAGAGAUUAAAUGCAAAUGGAUAAAUGAAGCCAAGCAAUAUAUAGGAAGGGUAGAAAGAUGAAGGUGCAGAGGAAUGGGAAUGGGAAUAGAAUUUUGACAGUAAGAAAUCUGGGAAAGAGGAGAAAGAAGUACAUAUUGAUUAAUAGGUUAUGGGCUAUUGUGGCAGUGAAGUACCACACAAAAAUCCCAUCAAAUUAACUAGUUUGCUGGUAUUUGAUUCACAGUAUUGACCUGCACUAAGGGUGAUGGGCAUACUUUGAAAACUUGACAAUAACAUGUAACUCCGAAGUCUAGUUAGGAACAUGAGGUGUGCAUAGACUGUAAACAAGAUUUAAUGCAGGGAAGUGUGAAGCAGUAUGUUGUACUACGAAGACACUGGAAGGACAAUAUAACUCAAAUCUUUCCUGUCCUAUCAGAUUUUUUCUUCUUCAGCCCUUUAUUUCUUCCACCUUUUACCUCCCCUCCUCACUUCAAUUCCCCUUCCCCCUCACCUGGUCCCACCUAUCACCUAUCAGCUUCCCCUGCACCUUCUUAUUCUGGCUACUUCCCUUUUUCUUUCUUGUUCCAAUGAAUGACAUCAGCCCAAAACAUUGUUUAUUCUUCUACAUAGGUGCUGCCUGACCUGCUAAAUUCUUCCAGCAUUUAAUGGGUAUGGCUUUGGAUUUCCAACAACUGCAGAAUCUCUUGUAUUUUUGAAUUAAAUGGGAAAAUGCUAAAAGUGCUUCAGGAGCAGAUUGAGUGAUCUAGAGAAGUAGCAGAUCAGUUUAUGAAAGUCACAUAGAAUUUAAGGUGCUAAUUAUGGGAAGUUAUGUUAAAACUGUGCUCAGCUUCUGGGCAUUACAAUAGGGCAGAUAUAAUGGAAUGGGUAAAGGUUUAUUCAGAGAAAUAAAAGGGGAACUUCUGUUGCCUUGUGAGAAUUUGUUUCUUAAGGCAAAUGAUGUUUGGUAAUUUGAUGGAGGUGUUUGAUAAUAAUGUACAAUCAUGAUGUUAAUUAGGGAGGUAGCUGUGCUGGAUAACGGAAAAUGCACAAUGUCAUCAGAAGACAUAGAUUGAAGUAUAUUGGAUAAAACACCAGUGUGGGAUUAUGAAACACUUCGUAUAUUGUUGUGCUCUGUAUUCAGGUAGCAGAUGGAAGCUGAAUUGCAAAGGAAAGUUAGAUAAAGCUUGAAGGGGAACCCCACAAAGCUGUGGGGAAAGGCCUACAUCCUCUUUCCUCUGUGAGCAUCCAUCUGUGAUGUUUGACAGACACUGACUCAUGCCAUAUUUAGGACCAUAGUAAGGUUUCUAUUAUCAGCUGAUGAAAGUGAGCUGCAAACACAGAGAACCAUGUAAUAAAUGCCAUCUAUCAUGAUACACAGAAAAGUCUGUGGAUAAAAACAAUCAGCUGUUCAUCGCUGGGGAAUCUGGUGUCUGGUUUCAGUUAGACGCUUUCAGAUAUAUCAAUGAGUCUGGAGCUCACUGGGCAACAGCUCCAAUAGCAGCUGUGCUGGUAAUAUCAGUUCCCUUUGCUGGUGCUGAUAAUGUAGACAUCUGGGAUGGGGUCACUAUGAGUAUUUAGGCAAAGAUCCCCACCAACUGUUCCACAUACCCUAGGGCUUUUCUCCCUCAUGGAUGCAUUUUGCCUUUCCCGUCCUUCCCUCUUCCCAAAAAUUUGCUGGGUUUUGUUCAGGUUUGGAUAGCCUCAACAUGACCUCUGAGAACCCUCACAGUUCAUGUAGUCAUUAACUAACAGUGGACUGAACAGUGACACCAAUCAUUCUGCAUCCUCAACACAGCCACCUUUUUGCAGAGCGGUAACAGUGUUCCUGCUCAGAAUGAACAUUGGAUAUUGCUAAUAAUCCUUAGGGAUAAAUGAAACCUUUAAAGACUGGCAUCAGCAGCCAAUAAGAAUUAAAGAUUAAUCUUCAGGAAAUGAAUGUGAGGAUUCUUGUGUGUAAAUAUAAGUCUUUUUAGGGAGAGUGGGUUUUCAUUUUUUUAAGAACUUAUUUAUUGGGUUGUUAAGGUUUUGAAUAUUUGGGGAGAUAACAGCUGUUUACAUAGGGUGGGCAAUAAUUGGAGAUGAAAGAACCUGCAGUGAAACUUUCAAAAGUUGACAACUGAGGGUUCAUACCGAGUGUGAAACCUUGCUCUUUCUGUGUAUUUCUGGACAACUGGUCCAGAACUAAGUGCUGAAUAAGUUUUAUUAAAAGAUUUUUUAAAGCUGUCGUUAUUAAAGGGGUUUUCUGAAAGUUUAAAUUCCAAAUUUGAUUAUUACACUGAAAAAAAUGAAAGAAGCUGAUUUCCCAAUCAGGGUAAUGUACAAUUAUUUGAAUUGAUCAAAUAUCCAUCUCAUUUUAUUUUAGUUCCUCAAGAUAUCAGACUUUGUCCUAACAUUUAAAUAUUGAAUGUACUCAAUAAAGUUGCAUCCAUUUGCAAAUGGACAGAAAUUUAUUUUAUUAUUAAUCACUGGUAUCCAAAUUGUAUUAAAUGCAAAAUAGCUCUUGGGAGAC